CGUCGGACGAAACUGCUGUUCCGAUUUACCGACCCCCGACAAAGACUUCAUUGUGACUUUCAGUUUCAAUGUAUUUGCUACUUUGUUGGAUCCAUUCUGCGUCGCUUAGCGAAAACUCGCUAUUGAUGAAGUUGGCGUAUUAUGCACCUUUACAGUAAUUCAGUCAAUCACAAGACAAUCCCCACAGGUCUCUAUAGCACGUUCAUCACGUAACACAUUCCUUUAUUUCUAUUCUAUGCAUCAUCCCAGUGAUAAAGUUCAUCACAAAGUCAUGCUACUUUACACAUACACACACACUUUAGUAGUCAAGUGAUAAAGAUCGAUUACGAGCAGGCUCCAAAUUUCUGAAUGGUUUCCAUGGGGGAGGAGAAAUGGCAUUCGUGUUAGAGGAUCUUUACGGGGAUAGGACUAAGCAAAUACGGAGAAUACGCUUCACCCAAUCCACAUUGGCAACCGUUUCUCCUCGUUAUUAUGAUCUUUGCUUAAGAAUUGUACCACCGACUGUUUAUUCAAGACGAAAUGACGCGCCUCCAAAAUUCAUAAAAGGAACUUGUACACCAGGUUGAUUACUCAUUGCAAACGAACAAAAUACCGGCGAUCUGACAAAGUCACUGGGAUACGGAUUCGAAGGGCAGGAGCAGUUUACUGACCGUCGAACCGACGUGACAGCGGUAUGACCACGAUCAAGGAAGACCACUACCUCGAUGCCCUGACGGAAUUCAUACGACGAUGUGACCAGGAGGAGGUGAUGUUAGCUUGGAUCAAGAAAAGGUGCCCCAAUAUCCUAAAUGUGCUUCCCAUCGUAGAAAGCUCACCGAGUAACCCUGUCAGGGUAAUUGGUGUAGGAUGCGGGAAUGGUAUAAUGGAUGUGCAAGUUCUACGAGAGAUGAGUUCGUUGAGUGCCUUUACACAAGAGAUCGCCAUUGAGCCGAAUGAUGCCGAACUUCUCCGAUUCAAGGCGAGGAUAGAAGAAGACGAAAGACUAAAAUCGUUUACCUUUGACUGGAUACAUGCGACGACAGAAGUUUUUGAGGUAACUAUGAAUCAACUUGUCGCAGAAGGCGCAUUUCCAAAAGUUCAUUUCGUCCACAUGUUGCAGAUGUUAUACCAUGCACGAGACAUGGAAUCUACCAUUUCUAAUUAUUACAAGGCACUGCUUGAUGGUGGAGUCAUGCUCAUCACGAUAGCUUCAAAAAAGAAUAACGACAUGUUCAAGUCUUUCCUUGACCUCGAGCCAAAGCGGAAUAAACAAGCCCCAAAGAACAAGAAACGCUACAGUGAUGACGUCACACGUGUCCUGCGACGUCUGGGCCUCAAGUACGACAUCGAGAACGUCAUCUACCAUCUGGACAUCACGGAAUGCUUCAAGGAAGAUUCCAAAGGUGGCAAACUUCUUCUGGAUUUCAUCUGCCUCACCAACGCUGCUCAGGUCUACCAGACGCUGACGACCUCAGACAGGGACCGACUGAUGAAAAGGCUGCUGGACCACUGCGAACAGCACCCCGACGGCCGGGUUACCGUCCGGCUAAGCUUCGAUGCCAUCGUGGUGACAAAGAGCAGUGAGCAAACUUUACUAGUUCCAUCUUCAGCCGAUAGCAGCGCGGAUGGAAACAAAUUGGACGCCCAAUGAAGUUUGUCGCCCUCUGUAGUCUAGGAGUACCCAUUUUCGGAUAUGACCGAUAUGUAUAUUUUGAUCAAGUAACUUAUAUAUUAGGUUUUACCAAUGUAAAAUUGGCUAUCGUGAUCAUCGUUAUAUUACUGAUGGUCACGGUUGAGAAGGAGUUUGUCAUUUGUAUUGUAUUAACUUAUUUUAAAAGGUUCGUGUUAUAGGAAAGGUAUACAUUACCAGUUGCUUGUUAUGUAGAGAACCAGUUUUGAUUAUUGAAUGAACGAUAUAGGAUGGAGUAUUAGCCUGCAGUAGUCACAUGAUUGGGUUCGAAGUUACUUACCCGAGUAAUACAUUUUUCAAAAAGUAUGAAGAAUCAAUCCACAAAAUAGACCCUAUGCUAUUGACAUCUAUUGAUACAUUGAAAAUCAGGGCAGCUGUUCAUAUUUGUGUGUCUGUUACAAGAAAAAGAGGCUUUGUUUGAUAUGUAUUCAAAAACUUUGCUUACUGUGUCAUUGGUGUUCAUGUUAGCUAUUUUUUCCUUGCACUCUGGCAACCACUGUAAUCACUUCCAAAGAUACAUUAUUUUUGGUUUUAAAGAUUUGGUGCUCGGGUCCGUGCGAAAUUUACGACGAAAAUUAAUAAUUCGAACUUGCCACUCUUUACUCCGAAUGGUACUACUAAAUAAUAAUCUCGUAUUUAUUCAAAGCUGCGCCGAAAUCGAAAUUCUCCCGUAAGAGAUUUUAAAAAGGUAAUAGAAAGCAUUUUAAACGCUCUUUAAAAUAAUGCCAAAAUAUCGCAUUUCAGACGAGAAUUUGAGUCCGUAUGGAAAUAUUUUAGCUGAAUGUAUAUACCGAUCUUCUGUUUGGAUUGUGGUAUGGUAUAAUGACUUUUUGAAAUAAAACACAUACAUUUUUGGUGCUGAUAUUCAGCUGUACAUCAAUCUAGGGUUUUUACUUUUUUAUUUUAUGUUAUAGUAAGUAAAGAGUUUUUAGUCAUUGUAUCACUCUUGGUCAGCAAAGGUUUUCUGUCGUUUUAGGAAAACAUGUAUCAUUGUAUGUACAUUUACAUGAAUUUUAGAUAUAAUAUAAUUUAUUAUUUAUAAUUAUGUUUACAGGGUCAAAGGGUUAGACUUUCGAAUGUAUAUAGAUGAGAUCAUGAUUUAGAAUUAGUUUUGACGAAACACAGUACCGCGUGGACAACCGUUUGAUCAUUCAUUGACGAGGUGUUAAAAAAAACAUUUUAUUAUGAAAUGCCAAUGGGAUACUUAAUAGUUUCUCAAGACUUUUGAUGAAAUUUGACUGCAAUUCUAAUAUCAUCUCUAUUUCAACUAUUUCAAAAUACUAUCAAUUUCGUUUAAAGACUUUAACAAUAGGAUAUUCAUUUUCAUAUAGAUUUAAGUUGAGUUGAUGAUAUUUUUUUAUAUAAUGAUGAACAAACACCUUUGGCUUGUCAUAUCUCGUUCUUUUGGGAAAUCAUGAUAAACUUUACUGAUCUGCGCAUUGGCCAAGACUUUAAUGAAACAUCUUCUGUUUGUCAUGCCACAUGGGUGUGCUUCAUGCAGUGGCUUAAUGGGCCAAGAAUUUUGAGAGGGCUAACUUUGAAGUAUAUAGGGUGACAUUUAGGAUAGUUGCGAGUGAGCGAUGCGAGUUAGCAAAAAUGUUUACAUUUUUAUUACAAAUAUCAAAUUUUGUGAUAGAUUUGACAAAAUAUUCAGAGAAUUAUAUUA